AUGCCCGGUGAUCAAAUGGGCCUAUUGACAGUUCAACAGUUCGACGAUGUACUUACAGAUUUAUUACUAGACAAGAUCUUCCUUUGGUUCCGGACAUUCAAAUUAAAUCCCAGCUACCGUGAAACAAACGUCUCACGCGAAAUUCUUGUUGACAUUGUAAAACGAAACGUGAUACAACUGAACAAGUUAAAUGACGCAGUUCAUGAGCUGCUGCAGAUACCUACUGUCCGCGAAACAGCCAAGCUUACAAAUGAGACCGAAAAGGAUUUUAUUCAGCACGCAAAAAGAUAUUUUGCAAUGUAUUUACCUACGGCCGGUUUUGAAAUAGCUGAAACAGAUAGAUAUUCUGGUUCGAUGAAACGAGAGGCUUGUAUAAUCGCCACGAAAGAGUGGCAUGUAGGCGACGAAAUUCGGCAUUGUUCUGGUACACUUGUUAGCCUAACCACAGAAGAAGAAAGAGCAUUAGAGGGUGGUCGGGAUUUCAGUAUUAUGUGGUCAUCAAGGAAAGAUACAAUGUGUUUAUUGUUGGGACCUGCAAGAUUCGUUAACCAUGAUUGUUGUCCCAAUACGGAAUUUAUUUCAUCUGGACAAAACGCAAUAGCGUUUAAGUUUCUUCGUGAUGUUGCAAUCGGUGAAGAAUUAACAGCUUAUUAUGGAGAUAAUUAUUUUGGAGCCGGAAACGAAGAGUGUCUUUGUGCGACAUGCGAAAGAAAUAAAACAGGAUCAUUUCGUACCGAAGAUGAUGGUGUAGUUUUGAAGGAAGGUUUACGACCAUUUGUUUACGAUGAUAAGGGCAAACUUAUUCGGCGUAGCGUUUUACGACGGAGGAAGUCUGGUCUUCUGACUAAAAGCUCAAAAAAUAAACAAUUGGAUAAACAAAUUGAAAAACCUUUACAGCCUACAACUGACAUUGAUUGUACCACUAGUAACAUCACGCAACAUACCGCGACUACCACAAUUUCAUUACCGACAAGAGCAGAACCUAUGAGUUUCCGCACAAUGAUUUCUUCUGUUCGUCAACAUAACAACACAAGUCGUUUGUUAAAUCAGAAUUGCUCAGAUAAUACGAAUUAUCAUUCAUUUUCAGCAACUCAACGAUCCGUAACAAAUCCAACGAUCAAUUCACUUUCAAUUAUCCCAUCCGAUUUACAAAUAGAUGUUCCUCAAUCGUCCAUCCUAACUUCAGUAUCAGAAAAUCAACAUAAUAAUAACAUUUUGCAAAAUCCUUUGUCAUCAUCAUCAAUGAAAAGAACAGCAAAUACAUGUUUUAAUUCUGAAAUGGAAAAUUCUUGGGCUGGUGUUAAUGUAGUUGCAUCACCAGAAAUCAGAGUUGAAUGGGGAAUAACGAUCUUCCGUAGAGUAAAUACGCCGAUUCAUCAAGGUGUAAAUGUUCCUCUGUCAAAUAACUUUGGAGUAACUGGUCAGAGUAAUAGCUCGUUUACUCCUGCGGGCGGUAGUUCACGGAUGUCUAUCGCAUACUUGUGUAGUAAUGAUAUAUCAGAUUCUAGUUCUAAGGCCAUCGUAAUUGCUGGUCCGUCUUCAACAGUUAAUGCCCAGCAAGAAAUUACGCGACGUUGCAAGAUAUGUAGCGAUAAGUAUUCUAGUACGUUCGAUUACAAAGAAAGAAGAUGUCCAAGAUGCACGCGCCACUUUAACUUAUUCGGCAUUGAAUGGCCUUUACGCAAGAUGCCCAACCAGAAGGUCAAGGCAAAAGACGAUACUCGUAACAAAAAUGGGAAAAAUCGCGUUGACUUUAUGAACUCCUCACGUAGGACAGAUAAAACUGCUUCAAGUAAAGGGAAGAGUAGGCAGACCACAAGGUCGCGAAAUCGUAUUCAACAAAGUCUUCCUGAACCUGAACCUUCAGGAGAGUGGGAACCUUUUUCUGCUCCAGGUUUUAUCGUUAAUACUAUCAGAUAUAAUGGAAAAGAUUGUAUUCCUAGCAUUGCAUACGAGUACAAUUAUCAAGGCGAAACAAUCCGUUGGGAUGCUCUAACAGGAUUCGUACAUAUGAACCCGAUAAAGAAGUUGAUGGGUAAUCCUAAUUUCAAGAUCGAAAAAUUGAGCUGUUACCAACCAAGUUGGAACGAUGACAAAUUUGUCAUUGUGGGUGGUAACAUUAAAUACCAGGGCACGUGGUUUCCAUAUCACAAUGCACGGAAGGUCAUUGCAGAAGUACUAGGAUUAGACAAUCAAGGAUUUGUUCCAAUAUUCGGUCCAGGCUACAGAAGCAACGAUAGUAGACCGGUUAUCGUUGUUCCUCGGGGACAUGUGCUUAUUGACGGCUCACCUUCCUCAUCUGAAUCCACCGAUGAUGUCAUAAUGAGUGAUGUCGAAGUAGAGGUUAAUUCUAUCGUUUCUGCCGACCUUAGUUCCAAACAAAGACGGGAAGAGAAUGGCUGUGUUUUGGCCGGGCCAUCUAAAAAAUGCAAAAUUUAA